UGGAGGCGGGGCCGCAGGGGGCGCGGGCUGGGGCGGGGGAAUCCCGCCCCGCCUUUUCCGUGCGGCGCCCGGGCGCAACGCAAACAUGGCGGCGGGUGGCACCCGUCGGUGAGGCGAUACCGGGCGGAGGUUGUCGGGUGUCAUGGGCGGUGGCGACGGCACCGCCCCCGCGUCUCCCUGAGCGAGACGGCAGGGGGGCUUCUGCGCUGAGCCGGGCGAUGGACGAGAGCGGCGAGCUGGGCGGUCUGGAGACCAUGGAGACCCUCACGGAGCUGGGCGACGAGCUGACCCUGGGGGACAUAGACGAGAUGCUGCAAUUUGUCAGUAAUCAAGUGGGAGAGUUCCCUGACUUGUUUUCAGAACAGCUGUGUAGCUCCUUUCCUGGCAGUGGUGGUGGUGGUAGCAGCAGCGGCAACAGCGGCAGCAGCAGCAGCAGCAGCAGCAGCAAUGGCAGGGGCAGCAGCAGCGGAGCUGUGGACCCUUCGAUGCAACGGUCAUUCACCCAGGUCCCAUUACCUUCCUUCUCUCCCUCGGCGGCCUCCCCACAGGCUCCAACCCUGCAGGUCAAGGUUUCUCCCACCUCAGUUCCCACCACACCCAGGGCAACUCCUGUUCUUCAGCCCCGCCCCCAGCCUCAACCUCAAGCUCAGCUGCAACAACAGACGGUAAUGAUCACCCCAACAUUCAGCACCGCUCCGCAGACGAGGAUCAUCCAGCAGCCUUUGAUAUACCAGAAUGCAGCUACUAGCUUUCAAGUCCUUCAGCCUCAAGUCCAAAGCCUGGUGACAUCCUCCCAGGUACAGCCGGUCACCAUUCAGCAGCAGGUGCAGACAGUACAGGCCCAGCGGGUGCUGACACAAACGGCCAAUGGCACGCUGCAGACCCUUGCCCCGGCUACGGUGCAGGCAGUUGCUGCGCCACAGGUGCAGCAGGUCCCGGUCCUGGUCCAGCCUCAGAUCAUCAAGACAGAUUCCCUUGUUUUGACCACACUGAAGACAGAUGGCAGCCCUGUUAUGGCUGCGGUCCAGAACCCGGCCCUCACCGCCCUCACCACCCCUAUCCAGACGGCUGCCCUUCAAGUACCAACCCUGGUGGGCAGCAGUGGGACCAUUCUGACCACAAUGCCUGUAAUGAUGGGGCAAGAGAAAGUGCCCAUUAAGCAGGUACCUGGGGGAGUCAAGCAGCUUGAGCCCCCCAAAGAAGGAGAAAGGCGGACAACCCACAAUAUCAUUGAGAAACGAUAUCGCUCCUCCAUCAAUGACAAAAUCAUCGAAUUGAAAGACCUGGUCAUGGGGACAGACGCCAAGAUGCACAAGUCUGGCGUUCUGAGGAAGGCCAUUGAUUACAUCAAAUACUUGCAGCAGGUCAAUCAUAAACUGCGCCAGGAGAACAUGGUGCUGAAGCUGGCAAAUCAAAAGAACAAGCUUCUAAAGGGCAUCGACCUAGGCAGUCUGGUGGACAAUGAGGUGGACCUGAAGAUCGAGGACUUUAAUCAGAAUGUCCUUCUGAUGUCCCCCCCAGCCUCUGACUCAGGGUCCCAGGCUGGCUUCUCUCCGUACUCCAUUGACUCUGAGCCAGGAAGCCCUCUGUUGGAUGAUGCAAAGGUCAAAGAUGAGCCGGACUCUCCUCCUGUGGCGCUGGGCAUGGUAGACCGCUCACGGAUUCUUCUGUGUGUCCUCACCUUCCUGUGCCUCUCCUUUAACCCCCUGACUUCCCUGCUGCAGUGGGGAGGGGCCCAUGACUCUGACCAGCACCCACACUCAGGCUCUGGCCGCAGUGUCCUGUCAUUCGAGUCAGGUUCUGGGGGCUGGUUUGACUGGAUGAUGCCUACUCUUCUCUUAUGGCUGGUAAAUGGUGUGAUUGUCCUGAGCGUCUUUGUGAAGCUGCUGGUUCAUGGGGAGCCAGUGAUCCGGCCACACUCGCGCUCCUCGGUCACCUUCUGGAGGCACCGGAAACAGGCAGACCUGGAUCUCGCCAGAGGAGAUUUUGCAGCUGCUGCCGCCAACCUACAAACCUGCCUGGCAGUUUUGGGCCGGGCACUGCCCACCUCCCGCCUGGACCUGGCCUGCAGCCUCUCCUGGAACGUGAUCCGCUACAGCCUGCAGAAGCUACGCCUGGUGCGCUGGCUGCUCAAGAAAGUCUUCCAGUGCCGGCGGGCCACGCCAGCCACUGAGGCAGGCUUUGAAGACGAAGCUAAGACCAGCGCCCGGGAUGCGGCUCUGGCCUAUCACCGGCUGCACCAGCUGCACAUCACAGGGAAGCUUCCUGCAGGAUCCGCCUGUUCCGAUUUACACGUGGCAUUAUGUGCCGUAAACCUGGCCGAAUGUGCAGAGGAGAAGAUCCCACCGAGCACACUGGUUGAGAUCCAUCUGACUGCUGCCAUGGGGCUCAAGACCCGGUGUGGAGGCAAGCUGGGCUUCCUGGCCAGCUACUUCCUCAGCCGAGCCCAGAGCCUGUGUGGACCCGAGCACAGUGCUGUUCCUGACUCCCUGCGCUGGCUCUGCCACCCCCUGGGCCAGAAGUUUUUCAUGGAGCGGAGCUGGUCUGUGAAGUCAGCUGCCAAGGAGAGUCUAUACUGUGCCCAGAGGAACCCAGCUGACCCCAUUGCGCAGGUCCACCAGGCCUUCUGCAAGAACCUGCUGGAGCGAGCUAUAGAGUCCUUGGUGAAACCUCAGGCCAAGAAGAAGGCUGGAGACCAAGAAGAAGAGAGCUGUGAAUUCUCCAGUGCUCUGGAGUACUUGAAAUUACUUCAUUCUUUUGUGGACUCUGUGGGGAUUGUGAGCCCCCCACUCUCCAGCAGCUCCGUGCUCAAAUCCGCCCUGGGUCCAGACAUCAUCUGUCGGUGGUGGACGUCUGCAAUCACUGUGGCCAUCAGCUGGCUCCAGGGAGACGAUGCAGCUGUGCGCUCUCAUUUUACCAAAGUGGAACGCGUCCCCAAGGCCCUGGAAGUGACAGAGAGCCCCCUGGUGAAGGCCGUCUUCCAUGCCUGCAGAGCCAUGCAUGCCUCACUCCCUGGGAAAGCAGAUGGGCAGCAGAGUUCCUUCUGCCAUUGCGAGAGGGCCAGCGGCCACCUAUGGAGCAGCCUAAAUGUCAGCGGGGCCACCUCUGACCCUGCCCUCAACCACGUGGUCCAGCUGCUCACCUGUGACCUGCUGCUGUCGCUACGGACAGCACUCUGGCAAAAACAGGCCAGUGCCAGCCAGGCUGUGGGGGAGACCUACCACGCAUCAGGCGCUGAACUGGCGGGCUUCCAACGGGACCUGGGCAGCCUGCGCAGGCUGGCACACAGCUUCCGCCCAGCGUACCGCAAGGUGUUCCUGCAUGAAGCCACCGUGCGCCUGAUGGCAGGAGCCAGCCCCACCCGCACCCACCAGCUGCUGGAACACAGCCUGCGGCGGCGCACCACGCAGAGCGCCAAGCACGGAGAGGUGGAUGCCUGGCCCGGCCAGCGAGAGCGGGCCACCGCCAUCCUGCUGGCCUGCCGCCACCUGCCCCUCUCCUUCCUCUCCUCCCCGGGCCAGCGGGCAGUGCUGCUGGCCGAAGCUGCCCGCACCCUGGAGAAGGUGGGCGACCGGCGCUCCUGCAACGACUGCCAGCAGAUGAUUGUUAAGCUGGGUGGUGGCACUGCCAUUGCCGCCUCCUGACCACCAGGUUCAGCCCACCCCUCCACCUCUCUCUCGGUUUCUCUCUCUUCCCCCCCAGCAUCUUCCCGCUGAGAGUGGUGGGGAGGAGCCUUGUCUUCUUAGCUGUCACCUGCCAAGGCUUCUGGGCCACCUCAGGCCAGCAGACCCCUGGGCAGAGCCCCUUAAAGCUGCUGUCACUAGAUGCCCAUGGUCCAGGGCCUGGUGGGCAUGAGAGGAAAGGUGGCAGGGCAGAAACUGGGCAGCCCUGACUUGAUAGCAGCAGGGGGAGCUCCCAAGCUGCCAAGCCCCUGCCUCCAGCCUUUCCUGAGUUUCUUUCUCCUGAACCCGACUCUCUCCUUUUUGCUUCCUCAGUUUUUAUCAGGCUUUCUCUGGGGGACAGCAGUCUCUGAGCACCAGGGAGCAGUUGCCCUCAGGCCUGUGCCCAGCAUGCCCUCCCCUUUUUAUACGAAUGUUUUCUACCAGUGUGCUUGGGUUUGCCAUGAUGCGAGGCUGAGUUGCUGUAGCGUCUUGAUUCCCUCCCUGGGUCUGUGUUCCCUCCCCUGGGCAUGACAGCCUGCUCAUUUGUUUUUCCCUUUAUUACACAGGACAGCCAGGGGAGGAGGGAGGCCCAGCCCUGGGAGGCUGGUGGGAGGCAGGGGGCAGGCCUGCGGAUGGAUGAAAUAAUGUUGGCAUUAUUUUUUAAUUUUUUAAAAAAUAAAUGGUAUCUUAUUUAAUUGUCCUGUUCCUUCCCACUCCCCGCCUCCUAGGAUGUCAGCCCAAGCUCAGGGUAGGCCCAGGGGGCUGGGAGAAAUGAAGCCACCCAUUGGGACUGGGGACCAGGGGCCUUCAGCAUGGCUUCUAGGUUCCCUCCUCCCCCUACCCCAACUCCUACCUCCACAGUACAGAAUGUCCCCAACUUAACAGUGGUUCAACUUAAACCAUGUUUCAACUUUACAAUUGGUCUGUUGGGGUAUUAAAUGAAUUUUUGACUUAGGAUAUUUUCAUUUAUGAUGGGUUUAUCAGGAAGUAACCCCAUGGUAAGUUGAGGCAUAUCUGUAUAUUUUUAUCCCUAAUUCUUGAGCUGAAGAUAAACCAGGAUGGCAGGGACCAACCCCCAAUCCCUCCCCAGCGGCAAGCCUUUCUUUUCAGAGUGGGCAGAAGGUUGCCUAUGGUGGGCACUAGGAAUGAGGUCCCCUGCCUCAAUGCGGGUCCUAGGAGAAAAAGUCCUACUUUACUGGGCCCCCAGGUGCAGCACCUCCUGAAGACUGUUUCUCCCAUGGCCUCCUGAGUGACGGGCCCUGCCUCCCUGUGCCCCAUCCUCAGGCUGGUUGGAGCAGAGGGUGGGCAGUAGCCCCAGCACAGACUGGGGGGUGCUCACAGCAGGGCCACCUUGAUGCAGGCUGGAAGUUAUCCCUGGGGUGUGCUUGGACCCCACCUGCUUUCUUUCUCUCAUGCCCCUCCCCUACUCUCACUGUAACUUAUGGACCCUGCCCGCCUGCGUGUCGUGUGUAUGUCCUGUGCCUUUUCUCACUAUUGUUUGGGGGUGGGAGGGGGUGGUUUUUCACUGAAAAGGGGGAUACACCCUUGGCUUUCUUGAUGUUCAAUCAGUCACCGUGUCCCAGACAUAGGUUAUUCAAUAAACACAGAUUGGUACCACCCAGCA